ACCAGUGACGCGUGAUACCCAGUCACGAAAAUGUCGCCAAGUCACGGGACCGCCAAUUAAACUCGGCCUGUUCGGCGAGUGGAUCUCCAGCAACAAUUAUCAUUGAUAGUCCAGUGAAGAGAGUCUGCCGAACAUUCAACCAACCAACCAACCAACCCACUUCAAUUACUUCUCCACAGAUACCUCACCUACAACGAUGUGGAAGCGCACAGGGCUUCUAGCCUCAUUAACUGAGCCGACGCUCCUCCAGAGCACUCGUUGCCUCAGCUGUCAAUUGCGCAGUGCGGCCGCUCUCCGGCCCCGAACCGCUGCGCUGCGUUACUACGCCAGCAAACCCGACACCAGCAGCAGUGAAACCAAGCCGACGACACCCUCCCCCAUUUCAUCUCUCGCGAACAAGACCAACAGAGUAGCUCAAUUCCAAGCAAACUACUCAGCGACAGCAUCCAAAGUGCCCUCCCCUACUAGCGAGCCCGGCGAUGACGACUUCAUACCUCCGACGCUGGACCGACCUAUUGGAUCAGUGAUCCCACCACAAGAAGGCCAGAACACGGGUGUCGAUGACCGCUCUAUACGACAGAGGAGAGAUGAUUUCGUGAAUUACGAGAGACAUCUUGAGCGGCGGAAAGAAUUAACCCGACAGGUCGCAAAGCCCUACUUCCGCGAAUGGUCGAACAUGCGCUACCACGAAGGCAAAACCUUCAUGUCGAACCCGCGGCUCUUCAAGCGCGACAAAGCCCUCUACUUCCCUAACAUGCACGGCAUUACUCUCGCCUCGCCAAAGGAACCCCAGAACACGACCACUCUCUUCCGCGGAAAGAUUACAAUCGUGAACCUCUUCUCUAGCGUGUGGGCAGAGUCGCAGGUCGUUACUUUCACGGGCAAGGAGCAGAACCCUGGUCUUUGGGAGGCGAUUGCCUCAGAGGGAAAUGCAAUGGUGCAGAAGGUUGAUAUCAACCUGGAGGAGAAUGCAUUGAAGGCCGGGUUGGUGAAGAUGUUCAUGUGGCGUAUGCGGGCCAAGUUGCCGGAGGAGCAGCAUGAGCGGUAUUUCCUGGUGCGGAAGGGGUUGGAUGAUGGGUUGAAGGAGAGUAUUGGGAUGUUGAACUCGAAGGUCGGGUAUGUGUAUUUGUUGGAUGAGAAUUGUCGCAUUCGGUGGGCGGGCAGUGGGCCUGCUGAGACGGUGGAGUUGGAGGCGCUGAAUAAUGGGGUGCGCAAGUUGGUGCAAGAGAAGAAGGUCAGUUUGCAGUCGGAGAUGCCGGCGCAGGAGUGGGAUGGUGCGAAGGGUCGGGGUGAGGCUGUGAAGAAGCCUCGGGUUGUUAUGCCCUAGAUGGGUUUGGUGUGCCAUGGAUGGC